CACACACAGAACGAUCAUCAUCAUCUGUGAACUUUAUUCCACCCUUUACAGCAGCCAUAUUUAAAGCCUUUCAUCUCCGUUGAAGGAGGAGAAGAAGGAGGAGAAGAAGAAGGAGGAGAAGAAGAAGGAGGAGAAGAUGAAGAAGGAGGAGGAGAAGAAGGAGGAGAAGAAGGAGGAGAAGAAGGAGGAGAAGAAGAAGGAGGAGAAGAAGAAGGAAGAGAAGAAGAAGGAGGAGGAGAAGAAGGAGGAGGUGGUCGUCUGUGAGUUUGACGAGAAGGUAAAGAUUGAGGAGAAAAAAUCAGAGGAGGGUGAAAAGAAGCACAGUCUCUUGGAGAAGCUUCCCCGCUCUGACAGCAGUUCCAGCUCUUCUAGAGAUGAGGAAGAAGGCGACGGAGAAGUGAAGAAAAAGAAGGGACUGAAAGAGAAGAUCGAGCAGAAGAUAAAGGGAGUGAAGAAAGAAGAGAAGAAGCAGGAGGAAGCGAUCGUCUCUGAGUUUGACGAGAAGGUAAAGAUUGAAGAGACAAAAUCAGAGGAGGAAGGUGAAAAGAAGCACAGUCUCUUGGAGAAGCUUCACUGCUCUGACUGCGGCUCCAGCUCCUCUAUCGACGAGGAAGAAGAUGAAGGAAUAGAGAGGAGAAAGAAAAAGAAGAAGAAGACCAUGAAGCCCCGAUCAACAAAGAAAAGGAAAAUGACAAAGAGGGGACUGAAAGGGAAGAUCAAGCAGAAGAUAAAGGGAGAACAGAAAGAAGAGGGGAAUCAUGGUGUGCACACCCCAGUUAUUGAGGAGGUUCCUCCACCGCCACCCCCGGCGGACGUGUGCUCCAGUUCCCGAGGGGACUGAAUGGAUCAGUACUUUCCUUUUCUUUUCUUUUUUUAAUAACUUAUGUGAUCACUGAAUUUGACUCUGUCAAUCUUCAAAUUUAGUACCCUUUUUAAUAUAUAUAUAUAUAAUACUUUAUGCUUCCUAAAGUUUGUGCGCAAGGCCCCAUGUCUAUAGGGAGGUAAAGUGGGGUGUUAUGAUUGAUUUACUCUCAUAAUUAAUAAAUAUAUCAAUUAUUC